GGCGGAUGUUGUCCUGGCUGCAAGGAACACUGCCGGCAACAUGGCGUCGAGCGAUGGGAAGCCAGGGAGUGUGUUCGACCACCAUGUCCAGACCGCUGUGUGCGACUCUCGGGCCAAAUACCGGGAGGGCCGGCGUCCUCGUGCGGUCAAGGUUUAUACAAUCAAUUUGGAAUCUCGAUAUUUAUUAAUUCAAGGAGUUCCUGCGGUGGGAGCCAUGAAGGAAUUAGUUGAGCGAUUUGCUCUGUAUGGUGCAAUUGAAGAAUAUAAUGCUCUAGACGAAUACCCAGCAGAAGAUUUUACAGAAGUGUAUCUUAUUAAGUUUAUGAAUUUACAAAGUGCAAGGAUAGCCAAGAGAAAAAUGGAUGAACAGAGCUUCUUUGGUGGAUUGCUUCAUGUGUGCUAUGCUCCAGAAUUUGAGACAGUUGAAGAAACUAGAAAAAAAUUAGAAGAGAGAAAGGCCUAUAUUGCAAGAGCUACUAAAAGUAAAGACUAUUACAUGACAAAGAAGAAACUGGUGCCAGGGCAAAAGGAAACAAAAGAUUCUAGACAAGAUUUCUACCCGCAUACGUCUGGAUUUUGUGCAGCCGCUUUGAACACUUCUACUGGGAACUCAAAUCCUUGUUUUCCUUAUUCUUGUAAAUUGCCUUCAUGCCAUUCUGCCUCAAAAUGUACAUGUGCAUGUGGAGAACAUGUGGACAGAGCAUCAGACUCCUACAGUGAUGGCAGAAACCAUUGUGAGUUAGUGAAGCAUCGUAACUACAGUAACUUUUCUCAAAAACUACAGACAGACACUUGUAAAAACUCAUUGCCCUGCUCUGGUGUGAGGAGGGCCUUUACUCCCUCAGAGGCAAUUGGCAGAUUUAUGCCUAGGACAACACAAUUACAGGAGCGGAAAAGAAGAAGAGAGAAUGAUCAGAAACUUGGCAGUUUUCUUGAAACAAACUCAAGCAGUCACGAAGUUAUGAUUGGACCUAAAUUACCAGAUACACCUAAAGUGGAUCUACAGGAUGACUCCUUGAAUACAACAGCAAACCUAAUUCGGAAUAAACUUAAAGAGGUAAUUUCAUCUGUGCCAAAGCCUCCAGAGGACAAAUUGGAAGAUGUACAUACAAGUUGUCCGUUCAAACAAAGAAGAAGAAUAUAGCUCAUCACUUGCAAGUUAAUAUUUUCUGAAGAGAAUAUUUAUUUUUUUAUGUUUAGUCUGUGUUAAUUUAAGAGACUUUACUGCUGGUGUUUUAAAAUGAACUUUUUUGUAAUUUUACUUUAACUGUCAAAUGUGUUCCCAUCUGUUUUUCUUGAUCAAUACGCAAUAUUGCAGAAACUGUUCUUUUCAUACAACAUUAGCUCAAUAUUUGUAAAUUGAAACAGAUAUUUAAAAAUAUAAUACAAAUAAAGAAAGGCAGCCAGGAUCUGA